GAAAAGGUCCGCGCGCGCUGCUCCGCUCCGCUGAGCCGCUGUUCACCGCACCCCGCUGUUCCCCUCCCACAGCCACACGCCCCACUCUUCACCCCUCUUCUUUCAAAACAACUUCUCUCAGAACAGUUAUCAGUGUCAGAGGACUUCCUUCACCAGGGUCCCCCGGUUUCCCGAGUUCCCGUUAAAUCCGGUCGGAACCGAAAGGGGUUCCGUGUUAUCAGUGCUUCUUGGCUUGUGCCGGGCCACGCGUUUUACUCAUGGAGGGAGACGUUAUGGACAAGCUGGACGACAUGGCCUCGGUGUACGAGUUCGACCCGUUUACAGGCAACAUUCCCGCGACCAAAGUGGAGAUCACCGUCUCGUGCAGAAAUCUUCUAGACAAAGACACAUUCUCCAAAUCAGACCCAAUGUGUGUCCUGUAUACACAAGGAGUCGAGACGAAGCAGUGGAGAGAGUUUGGCAGAACUGAAGUGAUUGACAACACGCUAAAUCCGGACUUUGUCAGAAAGUUCAUUCUUGACUACUUCUUCGAAGAGAAACAGAGCCUUCGAUUUGACUUAUAUGAUGUUGACUCAAAAAGUCCAGACCUCUCAAAGCAUGAUUUUCUUGGGCAGAUGUUUUGCACCCUGGGAGAGAUUGUCGGCUCACCAGCAAGUCGAUUGGAGAAAACUCUUGGGGGGAUCCCUGGGAAGAAGUGUGGAACCAUCAUCCUGUCAGCAGAGGAGCUUGGAAACUGCAGGGAUAAUGCAACCAUGCAGUUUUGUGCCAAUAAGCUGGACAAGAAGGACUUCUUUGGGAAGUCGGAUCCCUUUAUGGUGUUCUACAGAAGUAAUGAAGAUGGAACGUUCACCAUCUGCCAUAAGACGGAGGUGGUGAAGAACACCCUGAAUCCAGUUUGGCAGUCUUUUACCAUCCCAGUGAGAGCACUCUGCAAUGGGGAUUAUGACCGAGCGAUUAAGGUCGAGGUGUAUGACUGGGAUCGAGAUGGAAGUCACGAUUUUAUUGGCGAAUUCACCACGAGCUACCGAGAGCUAGCCCGAGGUCAGAGCCAGUUCAAUGUGUAUGAGGUGGUGAAUCCAAAGAAGAAGAUGAAAAAGAAGAAAUAUGUCAAUUCUGGCACGGUGACGCUGCUGUCUUUUUCUGUGGAGUCUGAAUUCACUUUCCUCGAUUACAUCAAAGGAGGGACCCAAAUCAAUUUCACAGUGGCCAUCGAUUUCACCGCGUCUAAUGGUAACCCGUCCCAGUCCACGUCCCUCCACUAUAUGAACCCAUACCAGAUGAAUGCCUACGCCAUGGCACUGAAGGCUGUAGGAGAGAUCAUUCAGGACUACGACAGUGAUAAGAUGUUCCCUGCGCUGGGCUUUGGGGCAAAAUUACCCCCGGAUGGACGUGUGUCCCACGAGUUUCCUCUGAAUGGUAAUAUUGAAAACCCCUAUUGUAAUGGGAUUGAGGGGAUCUUGGAGGCCUACCACCAGAGCUUAAAGACUGUCCAGCUUUAUGGGCCCACAAACUUUGCCCCUGUGGUUAACCACGUAGCCAGGUAUGCGGCGGCUGUCCAGGAUGGAUCACAGUACUUUAUCCUCCUCAUUAUCACAGAUGGAGUCAUAUCAGAUAUGGCCCAAACCAAAGAGGCCAUUGUGAACGGUGCCAAGCUUCCCAUGUCAAUUAUCAUUGUUGGAGUGGGCCAAGCAGAGUUUGAUGCCAUGGUGGAGUUGGAUGGUGAUGACAUAAGGAUUUCCUCACGAGGGAAACUAGCAGAACGGGACAUUGUUCAGUUUGUGCCGUUCCGGGACUACAUGGACCGGACGGGUAAUCAUGUGUUAAGUAUGGCACGGUUGGCCAAAGAUGUCCUGGCAGAAAUUCCCGACCAGUUUAUUUCAUACAUGAAGAGCAGAGGCAUCAAACCCAACCCAGCACCCCCUCCAUACACCCCCCCAGGACACACACACCACACUCAGAUAUGAGGCCACACUUCCCUGAGGGUGUGUUCAGCCUAACAUCAACCUCCUUGGAAUUAUGGGAUUGGGACUGAUGGAGCAGUAGGCCACUGGCUCCAUUCAUAACUCUACAUACGGUCUCUCUGGGACACUCUGAGAUGCCAAGGCAUUUCUCUUACUGCUUUUGUUUCCUGCCUGUUUUCUCUGGGACAACAGCAUGAUCAAAGAAGCACACUUCAGUCAAGUUUUUGUCAAAAAAAGAAAAAGAAUGAAAAAAAAAAUCUUGGCUCAUGACUGUUUCUCUUCUGGGGCAGUGAGUUGAGAAGGGAAGAAGAGGAUGAUAUUUGUGGAUUCAACUCGUGCCUGUCUGUCAUUGUCUCAGUGUACCUGGACAAGUAUUCCCUGCUCUGACCUUUGACCUUACUCCACAUUGGUGUACUAUGUGCAUUCAGGUGAAGUUUUCUGAUACUUUUCUUAGUGGCAUUCUCAUUGCGGAUUGAGACUUGUUCAAGUGCAUUUGAUUUGACACUUCUGCGCACCACUUGGGUUAAGUGUUGGGUUUUUUUUUUAGCCUUUAUGUUGUUUCUUAGUAGAUUCUGUUUCUUGUCUGUUCAAAGCAUGCUGGUGAGACGAUACACAGUUGUGUGUUUCUAUACAGAAAAUAGGCACAUAAUGGGUAAAUCUCUUAUUCAGAUCAGUUAAAAAGCACAGCAGUAAAAUUUUAUUCCUAAUUAUAUAUGCUCGAGGGUGAAAUCAAACUUUUAAGCACUAGGCUCUGUCAGAUCCACUGCAAAAUAGAUUAUAAUCUACAAGGUUAUUGCACACUGCAAUGUAACAGAUAUGUUUUUAUUUCCUGUUUCCCCUGUGCGAAGACGAAUGGUCACAUCUGCUGUUCUGCAAUCGCUCCCAUUUCUCUCCUGCUCUUUCCAUCUCUCUUCUUAUCCCUCUCUUCUGCGAGAACAGAUGAAUAAUACUCUGAAUAUUAUGGCCCACAGAAACCAAUUCGAUUUUGUCAAGAGACUUUUAAUCAAAUGAGACCUGGCCUCUGUGAUGGACUAAAUUACAGUCCUGGGUGAUUAAAAGGUUGAUCAGCAUCAUCAUAGCUUUGUUACUAUUUGCAGCAUGUUCUGUCCUCUACAUGUCUGGUGAGUCACCGGCAACUUAGACGUGGCAUUUCUGGUGACCUGUUCAACUGGGCAUGCGGUUAUGCUGCAGUGAUGAGUCACCAUAACAUCUAAGACAAUUACAGACUGUAACUAAUUAAAACAUACAAAAAUUAGACAAAGUAUUGUUUUAUAGCCAUUGCACAUCUAGUCAGAUUGAAUGGUUUUGUCAUAUGAUAUCUAAUUCAAUAUAAGGAAAAGCAAAUAGAUCAGUUUUAUGUAAUUAAUUCAGCUAAUUCCCAGCUGGAUGGUUUUCAUGUAAGCGAUAUAUAUAAAAUUACAUUUGAUUUCUUUAUCUUUAUGUUCCAUUAGGGCAUGCAUGAUCUUUUUUCUUUCUUUUCAGGAAUAUCAUAAUAUUCCUUAUAAAAAGGUACAUUAUGAAUUCCAGGUUAUGAUAGAAUGUCUACACAAUAUGCUCAUUCAUGCAAUUAUCUGCCAUUCAUGUGGCAUUAGUGCAAUGCAUAAAAUCACGCAGCUGCAGGUCAAGAUCUUCAGUUAAUGUUUACAUAAAACAUCAAAAUAGCGAAAAGUGUGAUUUCAGUUACUUUGACUGUCGCACGGUUGUUGGUGCAAGAUGGUUGGAGUAUUUCAGAAACUGCUGAUCGCCUGGAAUUUUCAGGCAUAACUCCAUAAAAAACCCAAAACAUCCAGUGACGAGCAGAAGUUGAUCAGCUUGUUGAUUUUAUGUGUUGCGCUGCUUCCACACUUCCACAAUGUUGGCUGAUUGAAUAAUUUCAAGGGUGAGUAGGGGUACAGGUGUUCCUAUUAAAGGUGAGUGUACAAAUAUUAUAUAAAGCCAUGCCAUUAGUAUGCCCGGAUACACAAUUUGUAUAACAAAAGUACACAUCUGCACAAUAUGCCCAAAAGUACAGGGCCACCUGACCAUCACACCCAUAUGUGAGCCUCCCCAAAACUUGCCACAAAUUUAGCAGCGUAAGCACACAAAUGUCUAGAAUGUCUUCAUAUGCUGUAGAAAAAGUAAAAAGUAAAAUUGUUUCAUUAUGACAUUGCCCCUGUGCACAAAACGAGGUCCAUAAAGACAUGGUUAGCCAAUGUUGGUGUAGAAGAACUCAAGCAGCCUGAGCACUGACCUCAACUCCAAUGAACACCUUUGGGAUGGAUUGGAAUGCCAACUGUGCACCAGGCCUUCUCGACAUCAGUGCCUGACCUAAUACUGUGGCUGAAUGGACAAAACCCCAUGGCCACGCUCCAAAAUAUAGUGGAAAGCCUUCCCAGAACAGUGGAGGUUAUUAUAACAGCAAAGAUGGGGACCAACUCCAUGGUUUUGAAAUGAGCACAUAUGGGUGUUAGGGUCAGGUGUCCACAUACUUUUGGACCUUUAUUGUAGUUCACCAGAAACAAUCAAAAGGUAAAGAAUUGGCCUUCAAUAAACUAUUAAAUAAUGUUUAUAGGAUACUUGCAUUGUGUUUCCAUUACUGUUUUCAUCACACCCUUGUUGCCAUUCCAUUCAUUAAAGAUAUGUGUAAUUGAAGAUGUUUCCUUGGAUAUUUGUACAGUUUUUCAUUGUAAGAAAUCAACAUGGUGUCUGAUUGCUUACUAACUACAAGAUUAAAAUAAAACAAACUACAGCAACUGCCAUUUAUAGAUGGAGCACUUAGCCCAAUUUGAAUGCAUCAAGCUAUAUGAGACACUUUAGAAAUAUAAAGUAUUGUUCAGCUCACACUGCCUUUUGAGUUUACAGUCAUGUUGACAAGGGUGUGCUAAUAACAGUAUUGUAAUCCCCCUUGCUGCAGGACACAUACUUCCAACACGCAAUCAAAAUCUCAUUUUUCCCCCCAUACUAACCCUUGGCAAAAAUGAUAGAAUCACCACAGUUAGAGGAUGCUCACCCAGCUUUUAUUUAUUUAUUUAUUUAUUUUUACUUCAUAGCAAAUAAAUAAAAAACAUAUGACAAAACCAUUUUUGUUUAAUAACUGAACAUUCUGGCUUCGUGAAACAUACCUCAAAUAAGUUAAAUGAAAUUUUUUAAAUUAAUGUAUUUUUUUUUUUCCAAAUCAAGUAGGUGAAAUAAUUAUGGAAUCACUCAAUGUUGAGGAAAAAAUUAUGGAACCACCAGUAACAACAACAAAAACCACAAUUAGUACUUUGUUGCUCCUUUUAUGAGAGCCUGCAUCAUCGAAGUGUGGUAAUUCCAUAAUUUUUUUUAGGGGUUGUAUGUUACAGUUAAAUUAUUCCAAAAGAAGGCUUACAGAGACCUAUUUGCCAUCUUUAUUCCAAGCAUUAAUCUGAUUGUCAUUUCUUUGUAAUUUACCCAGUGUGUAACAUCGUUUUUCUUAUACACUCCCAGACAAACUCACUGUAGCUUGUGGAUCGGUUGUACCACAGACGCAGCAUACUGACCUGGAUCAGAAAUACAAAAUACACAAGGGGUGCACAAAAGAGGUUUCGAAUAUAGCACUCUCUAUCUAACCUUUUCAAAGAUUUACAACACUGCACAGCAUGCAUGAGCCCUAAACGUACUGUGUGGUCAGGAAAGAACAAUGCUACAUACUAAUUCAUUUAAUUAAUUAACUAUUCAUUUAUCUUAUAAGUGAGGCAGAAUUCCUUUCAAACAUAUAAGCAGCUGAAAGUCAAGAUUCUUACUCAGGGGUAACAAUGUCUCCUGAGCAGUUCUGGGAUUUAACUUCUACCACUGAAGACUGAGUGGAGAGGCGCAUAAAUCAUUUAAUGAGUCUGUUUUUUUUUUUUGUUUUUUUUUAAAAAACAGUUCACUCAAAAUAUUUAAGGAAGCACUUUAUUGUAAAGAUUUCAUUCCUUAAGAACUGUACAUGAUCCCUUUUCAUACCGUUUAUUAAUUUAAUUUAUUGCCUGUAGUGGACGAUAAGUGUUUGAUCGCAGCUUUACACCCAGUGAUAUGUGUUAGGGGGAUGUACAGGUAAACAUUCCGUGCCAACAUCUGUAACAUACUGUAGAGAAAAUUAAUUGUACAUGUAAAUGCCAACUAUAACAGCAGGCUUAGUGCGCUGUUUUUAUUUUCUUGCUGUACCUUUGGUUUGUUUUUGUGUGAUAUUUGUUUCAUUUGGAAACAGGCAGCCCACAGCAUGUCCCAUGGUCUGUUUUUUUAAUAUAUGCAUUCAUCUUGAAUUAUUUGUUGUUUUUACUUAUUUUUAAUUUUUAGUUAUUAUUUUUCACUGGCAUGUUUGUUUUUCACCUCAAAUUACUAUAUUGUACAUGAUUGUUGUUAUAACGGUGGGUUGUGAAAUGCUUUGUAUUGGAUUGCCUUAAAUGAAAAUUAAUAAAGGAGAUUAAUUCUUUUAGAAAUGUUUGUCCAGUGCCUGGAUUUGACAUCAGACAUGGCCAACAAUUAUUUAUUUUGUUAGAUUAUUAUUAUUAUUAUUAUUACUAUUAAGUCAUUUACAAUAGCAGGCUGCAUAAAACUCAAUUUGAAGAAAGUGAAUACAAGAAAUUUAUAUGACAGUGCUGCUGAUUUCUCAAAUCUUUUUGGUCACAAGGUGGUGAUUCAUUUUCAAUAACAGCAGCUCCGACGGUAGUUCCAGCUGCUUGUUCUAAUAUGUUAUCCUUUCGAUACAACAACUCACAGGGACUUGUACGAUAGAUGAUCGUACAUCAGAGGUUGACCGAAAGUGCCCCCCCCAAACCCAACCACAACCACUAAGCCACCAUAUUAUUAGAGUAUUACAGCACAAAUCAAGUCCUCUUCUUGAACACCACACAUCUGGAACUUUACUCUAAAGAAAUUACACGAAUAAUAA